GGUAAGCGUGUGGAAUCGGCUGUGGGAAAUACGAAGUGAAAGGUACUAGAGCCCCUACGGUCAUGGCGGCUACCGCCCCCAAGGCCGGGGGUUCAGCUCCUGAGGCAGCGGGUUCUGCCGAAGCUCCGUUGCAGUACAGCCUUCUUCUUCAGUACCUGGUGGGCGACAAGCGUCAGCCCCGGCUUCUGGAGCCUGGCAGCCUGGGCGGGAUCCCGAGUCCUGCCAAGAGCGAGGAGCAGAAGAUGAUCGAGAGGGCAAUGGAAAGUUGCGCCUUCAAGGCUGUGCUGGCCUGUGUAGGAGGGUUUGUCUUGGGAGGCGCGUUUGGUAUCUUUACUGCUGGCAUUGAUACCAACGUAGGCUUUGACCCAAAGGACCCUUACCGGACACCAACUGCAAAAGAAGUCCUGAAAGACAUGGGACAGAGAGGAAUGUCCUAUGCCAAAAACUUUGCCAUUGUGGGCGCCAUGUUUUCAUGUACUGAGUGUCUGGUAGAGUCUUACCGGGGAAAGUCGGACUGGAAGAACAGCGUCAUCAGUGGCUGCAUCACUGGCGGAGCCAUCGGCUUCCGAGCUGGAGUAAAGGCCGGGGCCAUAGGUUGUGGAGGGUUUGCUGCUUUCUCUGCUGCAAUCGAUUAUUACCUACGGUGAAAGAAACAGCCGGGAAGGAAAGAGGACGCCAGCCACCUUCAGAGCUGCUCUGUGGAGCAGUUUCUACACACUUGGACUGCUUCAGGGGUGAAGCCAAGUGCAUCCCUCUACAGUUGAUGGUGUGAAGGACACACCUCGCUGCUCGAUCGCUCUCUGCAGCCAUUGGAACAACCAUACUUUUCCACUUGAAUUCCAACCAGGUUUUUCAGGGGAGGUGGUAUGGCAGAGUGUCUCCUUGCAGUAAACAGAUCAGGAGGCAGUGUGUGGACUGUUACGCAUUAAGCUUUGAACCAGGCUCAGUUCUGACCUGGCUCAGCUCCCCAGCUUUGAAUAGGGAAGUGGCAGUGUUUGCCCAUAGCCGGGAAGCUCUUCUUCCUUCUGUGUGCAAGUAUCCAUCAUGAGUCCCAGGGCAGGGCAAAGUAAACUUAUGCCAUCGAGGCAAUUAUGUGAUUUCAGUUAGUAUCUUUGCUGUCCUUGUUAAAAAAUAUGGGGGUUGGGGAUUUAGCUCAGUGGUAAAGUGCUUGCCUAGCAAGCCCAAGGCCCUGGGUUCGGUCCUCAGCUCCGGAAAAAGGAAAAAAAAAAUAUAUGUAUAUGGGGGCUGUGAGAAGGCUCAGUAGUUAAUACCAGAGGUCCCAGGUUUGGUUCCCAGCACCUACAUUGUGGGUUACAACCAUCUGUAACUCUAGUUCCAGAGAUCUAAGGUUCUCUUCUGGCCUUUGAGGGCACCUGAGUGGUGCAGACAUAUACACAUGCAGGCAAAAAUACCCAAUUUUAUUUUUUUUAAAGCAGAUGUACUAUUAUUAGGAGCUAGUUUUUCAGAUUUCACACCUCUGACAAAAGAUGCCAGCUGGCCCAAAGAGUGACAAAUCCAAUGGAAAGGCUAGGAAACCUCUAAGGAACUCUGGGAGCGUUGCUCUUAGCGUCUGUGGAAGCUGUAUCUUUGUUACCACAGCCACUCCAUCAGCAAGGCCUCUCCCUAGAAAGUUUAGCCAUGUUCCUGGAUGUAUUGCAACAUGCUGGUAACUCCUCUGCCUCCUCAAAGGCAUUGGAUUGGCUGAUGGUCAUGCCUACAGCUUACAAAACCCUUGGUCUUGGGCCCCAACCCAGGUGAAAGGUCCGUGAAUGUCUUACUGUGGUCACCCUGCCAGCUGAGUCAGUCAUACUGUAGCUACUGGCCCAGAUCAGAUGGCAGAGGCCUGUUCACCACCACUCCUGUUCUCCGCUAAGCUUUUCUUUGGCUUUUGGUGGUUUGUUUUUUGUUACUGUUAUUCAACAGUUCAGCCUAAUUAUACCAUGGCAGAGAACGAGCCUUUUAUGUUUGGGCUGUGCCACUGAACUGUUUACUGUAGCGUGUGGGUGAAGGUGGAACUAAUGGGCUCAGUCCUUACCUCCUGCUUCUGUGUAGGAGGCUCAGCCGAGGCUUGGAACUGGCUACCUUCAGCCAGCAGUCUUUUCCCCUGCUGUAUAGCAACCCUUCUACCCUUGCUUUUCUUGCUUCCUCAUCUUCACUCAACCUUAAGCAGAGUUCAAAGACUCAACUUCAACAUUGGUCAUCUGGGUGUGUAUUUAUAUGUGAAUAAUGAUAUCAGAUCCAGAGUAACACCUUUGCUGUCUUCUUAGGAUGGGUGAGUGCACGGGGCUCGGGCUCUUUGCUGAAUACUUUUCGUUCCUAUGCCGAGGAAAGAAUCCAAGUCAGGUACUCAAUUAGUCAAUCUCCCUGCUUCUAAUCUGCAGUGAAUUCUGUAUGAUGCCUGCCCUAUUUCAUAAGCACAGAGCUUCAGUCGUGCCUACCCCAGAGCUCUGGAAACAGGCUUAGGAGUGCUUCCUGUAUUGUCUGUAAAUCCUUCACCUAGGAACACUGAUGCAAGGAUGGACUCUACCUGGUACCUGUCAAAGUGCUCAGGUGCCUGAGGUCUUUUACCAGCUGCUCUUUCACAUGAGCGCCAGUACAAGAAAUGCUGCCAUCACAGCUACCUUGGCACAGAGGGGCCUCAGCUGUCAGUAGCCAUCAGUUGAACAAGCCAAGCCUUGUCCACGUGGACCAUUCAAUCAAAAGGAGAUGAAUAGCUUCCUGUUUUAGAUGGCUGGGGGUCAGUAUGAGCUCAUAAACCAAACAGCAGUUUGCAGACACAUCUGUUCCUGAUCUCUAGAAUAAACAGUGUCCAAUGGCUUCAGCUGAUUAAGUCCCACA